AUGGACCUGCGCCCACCAAGUCGAGAAGGUCUGGCCCGAGGAGCGACCCGAUCCGCAAGUCGAGCCGCGCCUUCUUCCACCCUACCACGGCCGUCGAGCGCAAGUAGGGGCUCCACCGCUGCAGGCAAUGUUGGUGCUGCUUCCCGCUUCGGCUUCUCUGGUGCAGGUGGUGCUCUACCACCCGGCGGCGCGGGCAGAGUGACCAGAUCGGGAGGUCUGUCUUCCAAGAGGGACGCGGAGAGCGCUGGAUUAGAAGAUGCAGCUGGUGAGUGCAUCAAGGAGUCUUCACUGAGACUGUUUCAGAGACAUAACAGAUCCUUCAUGUGAUGCUGUGGACAGGUCCGAGUCGAAAACCGGCGGCCGCUCGCACUUCGGUGCUCAGAUCUUCAGUGUCCGCAUCCAACAAUCCUUUAAGUGCCUCCACAGGUCCUUCUUCGAGCAUUCCUCCAUCCCCUGCCAAAAUCCUCGAGUCAGAAAUAGUCAAAACGGAGCUGGAAAGGCAGAGGCUGCUGCACAAUCAGUCUUACGAGAAGCUUGAAGCGCUCUUUGUAGAAAAGGAUCUGGAGGUGCAAAAGCUUCAAAGGGAAAAGGUGGAGAUCUUCAGGAAUUGGGAGGAUCAGGUGGAGGAGCAUAAAGGCAAAGAGAGCGCUUGGAAAGAGACCAAGGUGAGCAUCGGUGUGAGCUCUUUCGAUACGCACGCCGACACCUUAUACUGUCUGGCAGGCGAGAUUGGAGCAGGAAGUCUCGACGUCGAGAAAGAGCGGGACGGCCGCGUCGAAUGACCUCGCGCUGCUGCAGACGAGGCACGAUAGCCUUGCGCAGCAAUCAAGGACAGAGGUGUCCCAGCUGAAGCAGAGACUCAUCGCGGCUGAAGGGGAAAAUGCAGAGGCGAAAGAGCUCUGGAAACUGGAAAGAGCGGAGAAGGAACGGCUUACGCAAGAGUGGCAGAAGGAAAAGGAAGCGUUGGUCCGUGGAAAGCAAGCGGAAGCGACGAAUCGAGGAGAGGAUCGAGGAUUGGCUGAUGAGCUGCACAAACAAGUCAGCCACGUCAGACAGCUGGAGUCCACUAAUUUGCACUUGGAAAACGAAAACAAGAGGUUCAGGAGCAAUCAAGCUUCCAUCGAGGUGCUGCGUGAGGAGAAGCGUGCGCUGGAAGGACGUCUUGCUAGGUUGCAAGACACGGACAAACGCCUCGCCGAAGCGGAAGUGCGAGUGAUGCAGCUCGAAGAUGAGAAGGAGAAUUGGUAAGUGCGAAGGCUUCGAACACGCGCUACUUGUGCUGACAGAGAUGGAGUCGCCUUCAACUUUCAGGUCGAAAGAGCUCAAAGAAGGUUCUGUCGAAGCAUACACGAAGGCAUACAUGCUAGCGAGCGAUGCGACGCCCAGCUCGAGUUUGCCCACGAUCGAUGCCCCGCCAUCCCUCACACCUUCUAACUUUUCAGACUUUAUCGCGACGCUCCGAGGCUCAUGCGAAGGAUUCAAGCAGAGACUCGUUCAUGUCCUGUCAAAGUUUGAAGCGGCUCAAAUCACUUCCUUGGAAGCUCAGAAAGAGGCGGAAAGCUUGAGAGGGGAUUUUGAGAGACUCAGGGAAGAAAAGGCUGCUCUCAGCUUGGCCAAGCUGCGCGCCGAAAAGAUGGAGCAGAGUGCUCAGGAGGAAGUGAAGCGUCACAAGGCUAUCUUUGUGAGUGUAGAUCAGCAAAUGAUCUUUGCUAUCUACCUAAUUCAUCAACGAAAUUCAUCGCCUCUCUCUACUUUGAUCUGCAGGACACGUAUGAGAUGGAAGCUGCCAAUCACUCGGCUACGUACGACCGUGGCAACGCUGAGCUCGUGUCGGAGCUCGAGGCGGCUGUGCAAAGACUUCAGACGGAAUGCAGCGAGCUCAGUGCUGAGCUUGAAGCAGCUAGAGCACAGGGUCUUGCUGCAUCCAGUCGAGCUGUUCCCGAAGACAGCAAAGAGCGCGAGCUGGCUCAAGCGCAACUGCAGCAAGUGCGCCAAGGUGAGUCCUUGUCCGGCUUUCCGGCGUGCGGUGAGCGUCGUCAACUCAUACAAGCGACAACCAUGGGGAAAAUGCAGAAUUGGAGCAAGGACAAGCGGCAUUCAGUCAGCUUGAGAAGGAGUGCGAACGUCUGGGCAAGGAGAACGAUGAUAUUUGGAGACGUUACAUGGGAGGAGAACAUGCCAAGACGCUUCGAGUGCUCGAAAUGCCAGCUAAUCCAGCUGCUCAGAAGAUGGACUUGAGUCGCAAACGGAUCGAAGCGCUGCAGAGCGAGAACGAGAAGCUGCUGGGCCGCGUGGCGCAGUUAGAGCGGCUCGAAGGUAACAGUGCGCAGCAGGGCGAUGCUGCUUCUGUUACGGCAGCUGAGACGAUGACGAUUGUCAAGGAGCUCAAGUCAUCUAUCGAGGCCAAGGAUAAAGCUCUACUUCGAUUGCGUCAGGUCUGUAGCACGAACAGCAUGCUAUCGCAGCUUCGUGAAGCGCUCAAAGACUGACAGUCACCUUGUGCGCGCACUCGCAGACCUUCAGCGCCAAAGCGCGAGAGUAUCGACAAGUUUUCGAAGCGCUCUUCGGGUACAAGUGCAAAUGGGAGAUGGACGGCCGGGUCAAGUUGACUUCCAGCUUUGCAAGGUCUAAACACGGAACGACUUUGAUCUUUAGAUCGGAGGCUAACAAUGUAGGCGAGAUGAAGGUGACGGGCGAAGCGCUGAGAGGCAUGGCCGAUGUGGAUAGCUUGAGGAGGUAUUGGCUGGAGGGGCAGUAUAAUAGCGUGCCGUGCUUCUUGGCAGCGCUCAACAUUUCGUGAGUAUGCGGUGACACUUGCGCGAUGCAUACAUUAUUGGUUGAGCUUACACGGCAUGGCUGGUGGCAGACUUUUCGAAAACACCACGCGCGCGCAACUUGGCGGAUGGGCGCCUGAUCCGGCAGAAGCUCAAGAGGAGGAGGAAUCAUGA